UGACGUUAGAGAGCCUCUACGAGUACACACUAUCAAAAACUAUAUGGAUAGAACAUUUUGUCAUGGCUCUGGUUCCACCACUAAUUUCAUCUUGAGUGCAGGGAAAACGAACCCGGAAAUACCAGACUAGAGUUAUUACCUCCUAAAUCGUGCCAUUUAAAAAAAAAUCCUCAAUAUUGUGAACAUAUUGGUCGUUUCACUAUUCCAUAAGAAAUUUAAUAUACCAUGAGUUCUGGUCGGCCUAUCAAAUGUGUCGUAGUCGGCGAUGGAACUGUUGGAAAGACCUGCAAACUCAUUUCUUAUACAACCGACAGUUUUCCCGGAGAAUAUGUACCCACCGUAUUUGACAAUUAUUCUGCCCCAAUGGUGGUAGAUGGUAUCCCAGUAAGCCUAGGACUCUGGGAUACUGCUGGUCAAGAAGACUACGACAGACUGCGGCCCCUCUCUUAUCCACAGACUGAUGUAUUUUUAAUCUGCUUCUCCGUCACAAGCCCUUCGUCGUUUGAGAACGUUACGAGCAAGUGGUAUCCUGAGAUUAAACAUCACUGCCCAGAUGCACCGAUGAUUCUUGUCGGUACUAAAAUUGAUUUACGGGACGACAGAGAGACUCUCACUGCUCUGGCUGAGCAAGGACUUAGCGCUAUUAAACGUGAACAAGGACAGAAAUUGGCUAACAAGAUACGGGCAGUCAAGUAUAUGGAGUGCUCAGCGUUGACACAACGUGGUUUGAAACAAGUAUUUGAUGAAGCUGUGCGUGCCGUUCUAAGACCGGAGCCACAGAAACGCCGACAACGAAGGUGCAGCAUGCUAUAAAUUCGUAACAAAGGCCAUUCAAAAAGAAGGAAAAUAUAGGAAAUGCAGAUGAGGAUUGAACGGCGUGAAAUUUCGUUUGCCGUUACGAGUCGGCUCUUCACUGUUGUUUUCCCAAGUUCAGGUGAUGGGAUACGAAAUAUCGAUUGAGUAGCUAAAAAAUUGGCUUAUCUCAGGUACGGUGUUAUAUAUUUGAUUUUCUGAUUUUACACACAGCGCGUCGUGUGCACGGAAUUUCAAAAUUUAGCAAUUAUCUUUUCUAAAAUAUCAAGCUGUAAAAGACUUAAGAAGUACCAAUAAUCUUCCUCCGACUGAAUUUGAAAAAUGGCGUGAAGACAGGUUCUGAUAUUUUGGCAAAUUGCUAAUUCGAUUUACUUACUUCGAAUUGUACUAUUUUUCUUUCCAAUUCGACCGCGCCCACUGAAAGAAUUAUUUGUUGAUUUCUGAAUUCGCAUUUUCCGUUAGUCAAGCUAUGGUAUAAAAGAUUGAAAGAAAAUUAAAAAUAUGUAUAUUUAUUUAUUUUUUAAAUCAGUUAUUGAUCCUUUUGCUAAAAUACCAUUACCCAAAUGGAUGUUUGUCAAUAGCGGUCAAUGACAAAGUUUUAGAAUAUUGCCCAUAUAAUUCACGUGUUACAACAUCUGUAUUUUAACAAUGAAACUGAAAGCAUGUUACGUUUUCCCGAAUGAAACAAAAGUAAAGUAAAAUUACGGUAGCUAUUCAAUGUUAGCAGGUCUUCAUGAAGAAAUUUAGUUAUAUAAUACAGAAAAUAAUGUUAAGUGUAGGUAGAUGGUGCCAUAGCAACGAAAAAUCAAAUAGUGCAUACAAUUCAUGGAUUGUUCGUUCAAAUCUCAGACAAUACGUUGCCGAUUUAAUUGAAAAUGAUCAUGUAGUAAAACAAGCAACAAUUUUCCCACUUCCUUCAUCUGUUGUUUCUAAAAAAAAUUCUUACGAUUAUACUUUAUCUCAUUAAUACCACCGCCUCAAGCACAUUCUGUUAUUGUUAUUAUCUUUGGUUACAGAUAUAAUGCUAAAAUAAUAUUGAAAUAAUCUUGAUUCGAAUCAGGUUGUCCAAUAAACUGAUUUAUCAUGUUUUUUUUUCUAGAUUUUUCAGAAUCAUUGAAAGUAUAAAACGACUUAUAUAUUCCAGUAUUUAACCUGAUUUUAACUAAAUAUCACAAACAAGCUUGUCAGUAUCGCGUUGCUGGCCCAUGAUUGUCAUCACAAGAGUCUGAAUAUUAUGUUUUAUUGAAGUAUAAGUUAUAGGUAAUAUAGCUGUGGAGGUAGAAUCUGACUCGAACAAAUACUAUCUUGCAUUUGGCGCACAAUUAUUUACUCAUUUUACAAUUAGCAGUUUAUUGAUAUUUGAAAGUCACUUUUUUAUUACGUUCAUCUUAAAUAUUUCAACAAAUUUUUGAUAAAACCUAGCAUAUUCUCAGAAUUUCGUGCUCUCUAAACCCCUACACCUCAAAGUAAUAUUACUAAAUAAAACUUAAAUAGUUUUUAAACAUGAUAUUUUUUUAUAUUUAUCUUAAAAACUCAAGAAAGGUAUAAGGCCUAUGAAAAACGUAGGACAUAUGUGCGAUGUACGCACUUUGGUUAACGCAAUGAACUGAAUGUAUGCCAUAUUAAACGAAUAUUCCCAAUUAAAGUAAUAAGAAAGAAAAAAUAGAUGAAGAAAAAUUUUAACGCAAACCAAAAAUAGAUUAACACACAUAUUAUAUUCUAGUAGGUAAGGUUGAACUAACAAGGCAGAGCGCUGCUUGCUAGAUGUAUAUAAUGUAGCAUAGGAUGAACUUAUUAAAAAAAAGGCAGUCUGUAGUGAUUUUUUUACUUGUCAAGUUCAAUCGAUAUAUUAUGCUUAAUCCUAACGAUAACGUUGUAUUAAUCAGUUAUUUGUAAAUUGCAUUGAAUUGUACCAGGCAUAGUUACGGACUCAUAUCCAAAAAUUGGCACACAGCGCAUCGAUUACCUUUCAUUUAUAAAUGGAAAUACUUUUUAAUACCCGUUAACAUAGUUUGGCAUUACCGAUUGCGUAUUUUUUUUACAAUUUUAAUACUUUUAUACUUUCAUUAUUAAUGCAAGUCUCUUAUGAUAAUUUUAAAUGACGUUUGAAUUUUAUUGAUCAGAGAUGUCGUCGUUAAAGAAUGCAGCAACCAAUGUUUACAGGUGCUUGGAAUGAGUUUGUUAUAUUCUGGUACUUGGAAAAAUAUUAUUCUGUGUCUUUAACAAUUGAGAGAGUGAAACGUUUGAAACUAAUCAUAGUUUUAUAUUCAGAUGAUUACUAAGUUAUGCUUAACGUUAAAAGUGGAUUGCAUUCAUUGUAAGUGGUGAAUUUUCUCUUUAUCACUGAAGUAUCAGCUCUUUAAAUUUCAUUUGUUGAAUCGAAAUUAUUAAUCUGUAAUUUUUUUUCCUUAUGACAAGGUUUGUGAAAAAGCUCGAAAUAUCAUGUGUAGAUUAUAGAACUAAUUUUAUUUUUAAGAUUGCCUAAGAAAAUUUUAACUUAUUUUUUUUUUUAAAUUUUUUUAUUGAAAUAGAAUGUACAAAAGAAGAAAGAAAAAGAAAUUUGCAUUUUUAAUGUGUUUAGAGUUAAUUUCUUAUUCGAACGGCUGUUUAUUCAUUUUUUUUCUUUUCAUUCCCUUUACAUAGUAUUCUUUUAUUCUAGUGUGCACGUUACUGUCAUCCGAUUUUUAUAAUCAAUACAUUCAUUAUUAUUCCUUUCCACUGAAGUUUCAUAAAAUGCUUAUAUUUAGAAUGUCAGCAUGAAAAUAAGCAGUUCAACUAAUAUGAGUCGUUACUUGAUCGUAUAUACUAACGAAGUUUCCACGCGCGAAAAUAACAGUAUAAACAGAUAUUCUUCUAUAUGUGCCUUGCUUUUGGUGUGUCAUACUGUUGAACAUUUUUAGUUUUUAGCCAGGUAAAUAUGAAAUGAUUAUGUCAUUUCCAACACAGUCAAUAAAAUCCAAGCUGUAGUAACAUACAUAAUAUACAUAACAUAUAUAUAUAUAUGCAAGUUACGCACACAAUUAGGGAGCAGAAAAUAAUAGUACAUUCCUGCAUAACAAUUUUGACGUAUUAUAAUUUUUCAAAAUAAUAUAAAUAGCAACAUGUUAAAAUUAUUCGAUAACGAAACGAGAAAAAGAAAACGUGCGCAACGGAGAGAAAGAGAGAGAAGAUACAAAGAAAGAGUAAACCAGAACAAAUAAAAUCAGUAUUUAAUUGAAAAAUUUGCAAUUUGAACACGGAAAAAUAUACUACUUACAGAUAAUGCAAUAAAUGGAAUUGCGUUAACAAUAGAUUUUGUAUGACUUUACUCUGAUACAGAGUGCUGUAAACCAAAGUUUAAUAAACGAUUUACUACAAUCUA